AUGGCAAUUCACAAAUCUAAUCAGAUCAAUCUUUCGGUAAUCGUGAGAGUGAACUAUUUAAUUUUUCACCUCAAAAAGUCUCCGGAUCAUGAGAGAUUGUGGCGUACUGAUAACGCAUACUUUAACUAUUUUCAGCUUCUCUGCCAACUCUCAUCAGCGGUGACAAGAGCAGCUGAAUUCACCAUAUCGGCUAUAAGCAAGUUGAGCAAUAGAUACUACUAUGCCUGGAGAAUCACUAGAGGGCAAACGUAUUUAUUGAAGACAAUCACGUUGACUCAAUUUUAUGAGGACAACUACCUCAAAGCUUCCCAACUAUAUUCGAUCCGAUACACCUAUGACCAAGUCAAGGUGUUGGUAACCAUUUGUGAAAGCACAUUGUCAAAAUUCUCGAAAACAGAAUUCUGUACUUAUGGCUUUACUACAAAUAUGGAUAAAGAUUUGUAUAGAUCUAAGCCUUACACAUCGGAGACUUUGCAGUCGAAUUUAGCAACCGACUCCUCGACUGUACCACUGAAAAGCUCAACGAACUCCGAAAUCGAUAAAAUUUGGCUUCAAGUUUUAUCACUCAAGCAUGACAUGGCAUUGGCGGGGAAUUCUCAAGACGCAAUCGAUUUUAAGGCACCGAUAACACCCACAACAAAGGGUGCAGAUAAUCGUGAUGAACUGGUAACACAGGACAAGGACAUGAUGAUUUCAGAUCCUUCUGCCGAUUUAGAGCGCUUUGGGUAUGAUUUAGAGAUGGCUACAGCAUUUGAUCUUCUCAGUGAAAUGCCAUUCGAAGAGAUGCUUGAUGUGUAA